UUAGGGAGAGCAUCUGGGGAGUACCUUGCUGACCACUGAGAAGAUGAUGAGCUCAAACUAUUGGAGUGAGAUGAGCAGCAGCAGCUGUGGGACUCAGCAAUCCCCAGAAAUGCUGCAGUGCCAGCCCCAGCAUUACCACUGCUACCAUCAGUCAAGCCAAGCCCAGCAGCCUCCAGAAAAAAAUGUAGUGUAUGAGCGAGUGAGGACCUACAGUAGGCCCAUGAACAAGGUGGUUGAGGCCUUGGACACCUACGGGUCACGGGAAGUGUGCUCCCCUCUCAGAACUGCCUCCUCCUACCAAAGCUUGCUUUGGAGAAACUGUUCCCAGGAACUUCAUUCUCCAACUCUGAAAAUAUCUACUUGUGCCCCAAUCACUCUACAUAUAACCCCAAAUACUGAACAGGAACUCCAUUCUCCAACAGUGAAAGUCACUACAUAUCCACAGACCACAAUUAGGCAAUAUGUAGUGCAAAAUCCUGAACAGGAAAAUUCUGCCUUACCUGGACUGGAGACAAAAAUCCCGACUCCUGAAAAUGGCAGAAGAGUAGGACGUGGAGAUAACCUUCCGCCCCACAAAUACAUCAGAAAUACAUCUACAUGUGGAACAACCCCUAAAGAACACCUGCUGAACGUUGGCAGAAGACCUCAGACUUCCCAAAAGGAACCACUGUUGCCAUUCCUAAGAGGAGGCCAUUUCUUUCCAGGAAAUAAUGUUAUUUAUGAAAAAACCAUAAGAAAAGUGGAGAAGCUAAAUACGGAUCAGCUUCAACCGAACUCCCUCCCGGCUAGCCGUGGCGCACUAGCCCCUUCAGGCUGUUUUCACUCUGCCACCUCCAGACCUUUCCCUGGGAUCCGACUGAAGCCCGAGGCUCAGCUCCCAGCCCACGCCCGCCCCGGCGGCAAACAGGACUUUGAGUCUACAGAUGAGUCAGAAGACAUUGAAUCGUUGAUUCCUAAAGGAUUGUCAGAAUUUACAAAACAGCAAAUUUGCUAUAUUCUGCAGAUGAGGGGUAUGUCUGAUAAAUCACUCCGGCUAGUGGUGUCCACAUUCAGUAACAUAAGGGAGGAGCUUGGACAUCUUCAGAAUGACUUGACAUCACUGGAAAAUGACAAGAUAAGACUUGAGAAAGACUUGGCAUUCAAAGAAACUCAAAUAAAAGAGUAUGAAGAACUCUUAGCAUCAGUAAGAGCAAAUAAUCGCCAGCAGCAGCAUGGACUUCAAGACUCAACCUCAAAAUGCCAAGCAUUGGAAGAAAACAAUCUUUCUCUUCGGCAUACACUAUCAGACAUAGAAUAUAAACUAAAAGAACUGGAAUACUGUAAACGUAAUUUAGAGCAAGAGAAUAAAAAUCUUAGAGUGCAGCUUUCAGAGACUUGCACAGGCCCGAUGCUGCAGGCUAAAAUGGAUGAGAUUGGCAACCAUUACAUGGAGAUGGUAAAAAACUUAAGAAUGGAGAAAGAUAGAGAGAUCUGCAAACUAAGGACUCAAUUAAAUCAGUACCAAAAAGAUGUUUCAAGAAGAGAAGGAAGUUGCAGUGACUUCCAAUUCAAGAUUCAUGAACUGACAAGCUUGCUGGAAGAGAAAGAUUCCCUUAUAAAGCAUCAAUCGGAGGAACUCUCGCAGUUGAGACAAGAAAUAUAUUCAUCUCAUAACCAACCCUCCAGUGGUGGAAGGACAACUAUUACCACUAGAACAGCUCCAGGGAUUCUACUUUGGAUUUGGCCCUCUGCAUGUAGGUACAGGUCACAAUAUCCAAUCCUAGACCUCCUGUUUUAUGACUAUGAAUAUAUACCACCAGGGAGUGAUACACAGACUAUUGUGAUUGAGAAAACAGAAGACAAAUGGACUUGUCCGUGAAUGAAUCUCCAACUCAAAGGAAUUUUUUUUUGUCUUCAUUAGUACUUUUUUAUUUUUCCAUAACUAAAGCCAAUCAAUAUUUUGAACCAGGCUACUACCCAG